AUGAGAUCGAGAUCUUGUACCCCGAAGGGUGGCGAUUGUACCUCACUUUCAUCAGGUACACCUCACUCCACUUCUCUUCAGGCCUUCUGGCUGAUUGAUUAUUUACAUGAUAGCCUCCUUACUGGCCUUUAUUUGGUCAAUCUUGAAGUGACCAUAGUUAGUACUUCACUUGUCAGCAUUACAGAUGACCUGGAUGGAUUCAAGGAAACCAGCUGGGUUGUCACAGCCUUCUUAACAUGUUAUACUGCAUUCAUGUCCACGUGGACAAAGUUGAGCAACAUCGUCGGUCGCAAAAAAGCCAUUAUUGCCUCAAACGCUGUCUUCUUGGCCUUUUCACUCGGGUGCGGGUUGUCUCAAACAAUGAACGAACUAAUUAUAUGUCGGGCGCUACAAGGUGCUGGGGGUGCUGGGGUUUAUUCAUUAACUAUCUUGUGCACCUAUGAGAUGGUUCCGAAGCCAAAGGUGCCGAAAUAUGGCGCCAUGGUUGCCGUUGCUAUUGCGCUUGCAUCCUUGACAGGACCUGUCUUCGGCGGACUAGCGGCUGAGAACUCAGCCUGGAGGUGGGCUUUUUAUAUCAACCUCCCUCCAGGAGGAUUGGCAGUCUUGGUGUUACUACUCGCAAUGCCCUCAACGUUUGGAACCGUGCCACCGCUGUCAAUAUUCUCUUUGCGACCAAAUCUGUCUUUAUUCAAGCGCCUCGAUGUAUUGGGUGCCUUUAUGCUUAUCGGCGCAUCUCUCCUUUUGGUCACCGUAUUGAACGAGACAUAUUUGCAGUUUGAGUGGUCUUCAGGAACUGUCAUUUCUCUGCUAGUGCUCUCUGGCGCUUUGUGGGUCGCAUUCUUCGCAUGGGAGUGGUAUAUGCCCGACUAUAUGCCUGGGUUGGAACCAAUCUUCCCGAAACACUUUUUCUAUAACAGAGCGUGGAUGGGGAUGUUACUUACAAAUUUCCUCUGCGGCUGCCCUUGGAAUGUCAUCAUCGUGUACUUGGCACAGAGAUUUCAGAUCCUGACCAAACUCUCGCCUCUUCAGGCUGGCAUUCACAUAAUACCUUACUCCGCCGUUGCAACAGUGGUUACUAUGCUUACAUGUCUUGCAAGUCGCAAAUUCCGCGUACCUGUGGUUUACUUUGCACUUCUCGGGUCUAUCCUCCAUACCGUUGGGAUGUCACUUCUGUCAAUCCUUCCAGAGAACUCAUCCUACCCUCCCGAGGGAUAUGCGUACGAAGCUAUUGCCGGUGCCGGUGUUGGUAUGACAAUUGGAAUUCUGACUUUGGCCAUUCCAUUUAUUGUCGAGACAAAGGACUUUGCUACUGCAACGGGGGCUCUCAACCAGGCUCGGUUCCUGGGUGGAGCCAUCGGAUUAGCUAUCGCCUCUAAUAUUCUAAACGGGAGACUCAAAAGUCAACUUUCUGACACAUUGUCUCCACAACAGGUAAACCAAGUACUUGAAAGAGCCGGCGAGAUAGCAAGCCUACCACAGGAUGUACAGAAAGCAGCAGUGGAUGUUUUCGCAGGAAGCUAUACCAUCCAGUUUCAAGCUAUGAUCGCCUUUGCCGCCUCGCAGAUUCCGGCAUCGUUGUUGAUUUAUAAACGCGGGCGACAGUAUGUCGCCACAUAG